AUGGCUACUUAUGAAGUUUUGUUGACCCAACUGCUCAUUGUAAUACUUUACUCCCAGGUGGACGAUGUUAUCUCCUAUCUCCGGUCAUGUAUAUAUACAUCUCUGCCCCCUGCUCUUUCCCAGGAAAUUGCCCGGCACUGGAAAUUGGUCUGUAGACCUCCCGGCUGGUAUUCAAAGACAACUGCAAAGCCCGAAGGUAGUUCCAUCUCGGGGCUAGGAGCUGAAUAUAACAAUGGCAGCAUCCCUGUGUGCCCCGCCCUGUUGAUAAGCAGGCUGAACAUAAAAUGGGCUGUCCGAAGGGAACAACAACUUAGCACGAUCAAUUCUCAAGAAGAAAAGAACCCAUCCGUUAAUGCUGCUUUAGGAAAGUAA